UGUCAGCGGAGGAAGAUGGCGGAGGGCGGAGUGGUGGAUCUGGAGACUCAGAGAACUGAAGUGUCCGCUUUACUUAAAACCCAGCUGCGGAGAGGGGACACGUGGUACUUGAUCGACAGUCGCUGGUUCAAGCAGUGGAAAAAAUAUGUUGGGUUUGACAGCUGGGACAAAUACCAGAUGGGAGAUCAGAAUGUGUAUCCCGGUCCCAUUGAUAAUUCCGGACUCCUCAAAGACACCGACACACAGUCUCUCAAGGAGCACCUCAUUGAUGAACUUGACUACAUUUUGUUGCCGACUGAAGGCUGGAACAAGCUUGUUAGCUGGUAUACCCUAAUGGAAAAUCAGGAGCCUAUAGCACGCAAGGUGGUUGAACAGGGUAUGUUUGUAAAGCACUGCAAAGUAGAAGUUUAUCUAACUGAACUGAAACUGUGCGAAAAUGGAAACAUGAACAAUGUUGUAACAAGACGAUUUAGCAAAGCUGACACUAUAGAUAUGAUUGAAAAGGAAAUGAUAAAGAUCUUCAAUAUUCCCGAAGAAAAAGAGACCAGACUGUGGAACAAAUAUAUGAGCAAUACAUUUGAGCCUCUGACCAAACCUGAAAGUACCAUACAAGAUGCUGGCUUGUAUCAGGGACAGAUGCUAGUAAUAGAACAGAAAACUCAAGAGGGACAGUGGCCAAGAGGUUCUACACCCAAGUCCCCAGGGGCACCACAUAUUGCAACUUUACCAAAGAUUUCUACUUCACCUCUGUCAAAUAAUUAUAGCCGCUUCAACAACAGAAAUGUGAAAAACUCAAACUACUGCCUUCCUUCAUAUGCUGCUUACAAGAACUAUGAAUACUCAGAGCCAGGAAGACACAACGAACAGCCAGGACUGUGUGGGCUCAGUAAUCUGGGGAAUACGUGUUUUAUGAAUUCUGCAAUUCAGUGUUUGAGCAAUACCCCACCACUGACUGAAUACUUUCUCAAUGACAAAUAUCAGGAAGAGCUGAAUUUGGAUAACCCUUUAGGGAUGCGAGGAGAAAUAGCCAAGUCUUAUGCAGACCUCAUCAAACAAAUGUGGUCAGGGAAAUACAGCUAUGUAACCCCGCGAGCAUUUAAGACACAAGUUGGGAGAUUUGCACCUCAGUUUUCGGGUUAUCAGCAGCAAGAUUGUCAAGAAUUGCUUGCUUUCCUGUUAGAUGGCUUACACGAAGAUUUAAACCGAAUUCGAAAGAAGCCUUAUAUCCAAUUGAAAGAUGCAGAUGGCAGACCAGACAAGGUAGUUGCUGAAGAAGCGUGGGAGAACCAUAUAAAAAGAAACGACUCUAUCAUUGUUGAUAUAUUUCAUGGGUUGUUUAAAUCUACGCUCGUAUGUCCGGAAUGUGCUAAAAUAUCUGUCACAUUUGAUCCGUUUUGUUACUUAACUCUUCCUCUACCGAUGAAGAAGGAGCGCAGUCUGGAAGUAUAUUUAGUUAGAAUGGAUCCACUUUCCAAACCUAUGCAGUAUAAAGUAAUUGUUCCAAAGAUUGGAAAUAUGAUGGACCUUUGCACUGCCCUUUCUUCGUUGUCUGAUAUUCCUCCAGAAAAGAUGGUUGUUACUGAUAUUUACAACCAUAGAUUUCACAGAAUAUUUGCCAUGGAUGAGAAUUUAAGUAGCAUUAUGGAACGAGAUGACAUUUAUGUGUUUGAAACAUCUAUCAAUCGAACAGAAGAGACAGAACAAGUCAUAAUCCCUGUUUAUUUACGAGAGAAGUUCCGCCAUACCAGUUACAGUCAUCACCACAGUUCUACUCUUUUUGGCCAACCCUUUCUACUGACUGUGCCUAGAAAUAUUUCAGAAGACAAGCUGUACAACCUACUUUUAGUUAGAAUGUGCCGUUAUGUUAAAUCAACAUGUGACAUUGAAGAAAAUGAAGGGCCUGUACACUGCAAUAAAGAACAUACUGUCAACGGGAAUGGUCCAAAUGGCAUCCACGAAGAAGGAUCUCCAAGUGAAAUGGAAACAGAUGAGCCAGAUGACGAGUCUAGCCAGGAUCAAGAGCUUCCUUCAGAGAAUGAAAAUAGCCAAUCAGAAGACUCUGCUGGAGGAGAUAAUGACUCCGAAAACGGACUUAGCACUGAAGAAACAUGCAAAGGACAAUCACUAACAGGACAAAAAAAACGAUUGUUUACAUUCCAUUUUACCACUCUGGGCAACGCCGAUAUCAGCUACAUCAAGGAUGAUACCAGAUACAUUAGAUUUGAUGAUCGGCAACUCCGGCUGGAUGAAAGAUCAUACCUCGCCUUAGAUUGGGAUCCAAAAAUAAAGAAAAAAUAUUUUGAUGAAAAUGCUGCAGAGGAUUUUGAAAAACAUGAAAGUGUGGAUUUUACUCCCCAGAAAAAGGCUUUUAUGAAAUUAAAAGAUUGCAUUGAGCUUUUUACUACCAAGGAAAAAUUAGGUGCUGAAGAUCCAUGGUACUGCCCAAACUGUAAGGAGCAUCAACAAGCAACCAAAAAAUUAGACCUUUGGUCUUUACCUCCAGUCCUUGUUGUCCACCUAAAGCGGUUUUCCUACAGUAGAUAUAUGAGAGAUAAGUUGGAUACCCUAGUUGAUUUUCCUGUAAGUGACUUAGACAUGUCAAAAUUCCUCAUUAAUCCAAAUGCUGGUCCUUGUUGCUACAAUUUAAUUGCUGUAUCUAACCACUACGGAGGAAUGGGAGGAGGACAUUAUACCGCUUUUGCUAAAAAUAAAGAUGACGGGAAAUGGUACUAUUUUGAUGACAGCAGUGUGUCACCUGCAUCUGAGGACCAAAUAGUGUCCAAAGCAGCUUAUGUGCUUUUCUAUCAGAGACAAGAUACGAUGAGCGGAACUGGCUUCUUUCCACUAGACCGAGAACCUAAACAAAGUGCUUCAGCUGCCAUUGGUGUACCGCUGGAAAGUGACGAAGAAUCAAAUGACAAUGAAAAUGAUAUAGAGAAUGAAAAUUGUAUGUACACCAACUAGUUACAAAAAAGGCUAGUGAAGCCAUAUGUAGUAUAAAAUAAAUAAUACUAUUAAGAUGUAAUGUCCGCCAAAAAUCUUUUUUUUUUUUUUUUUUAAAUUGUUUUCAUAUAUUGUCCAAAAUGGAGAAUUUCAGCUAACAGAAUGUAAACAUGUAUUUUUGAAUAGUUUUGUUGCCAAGUUCCAUAAAGGGGUAGUAUAAUGGAAACUGUGAACAAAAUAGGCUCUGCUCAUUUUGAUCUUGUAUUUACAAGCUGAAACUGAAACCUACAAAGAUUUUUUUAUUAUUUUUUUAUUUUGCUUUUGUUUUAAAUAAUUGGAAUUUAUAAUGUUGAGUUAUUGUAUGCUGUUAAUAUUUAAAUACUUAGAGGUUUAGGAGCCUUCAUGUCACCUCUCUCUACAGGGCAUUUUAGACUCGUUGUGGAAAAUUCAUUGUAAUUAAAUUGCCAAGAAUUUCAAGCAGAGUUUAAUGGUUUUACUUUUAAGACACAACCGACAGGCAAUCUUGCAGCUCGAUGCAAAAUUCUUGCAAUGACAAUUUUUUUUUUCUGUUUGUUUAGCCUGAAAGAUAAGUAAAGUUAGAUUAAUUUAGGAACUAUUUGUUAGGAUAUUUUUUUGUUUGUUUGUUUGCUAUGUAACAUGCGUGGUUCCUUUUGCUCUUAUUUUGCAUACCUACAAAAAAGCAAAACAGCUCAAGGACCCUUAUACAUAUUUAUAUAAAACUACUUCUCUGGAAUCAGUGCAAGCUGCUUGACAUCUGAAUAAUAACAAUAUUGUGAAAUAGCAAAGGUGUUUUAGCCUUUUUAUAUUGUUUUGUGGUUUUGGUUUUUUUUGUUGUUGUUGUUUUUUUUAAUAUUAUGUAAUGCUGUGUAAUGGAUUUGGAAUCUCAUGCUUUGUCAAAACAAAUUGCAGCUGAAUGUACGUUUCCUUUGUCACGUGUUGAAUUCCUGUUACAUUGUUUAAAAUGGGUGCAUAGUUUAUGAUCUCCUGUAAGUCGAUUGUUACAUUUUUGUGUUGUAAGUUUUUCCCCAAGGAGAUUACUUUAGUAGGAGAAAUCUGCGUUCUCCAGACACUGUAAAUGUAAAGUUUAUAUAAAGGCACACAGUGCCGGUGACAAUGACUGUGGACUAAUCUCAAAUGCAUUAUUUUUCUUUGAUUUGCCUUUUGAAAGGGUAAUUCUGGUGAAUUUUCAUUGUGUGCUCCCUUUAUAAAUCACCAUGGCCUUACAACUCAUCUCAAAGAAUUGUUAUAAAAUAGGACAACCGGCAUUUUUGCAUGUUCAAUUAACAGAACCUGUACUUGUGUAUAUUGCGUACAAGCCUUGAAUUUAUGUUGGCUAUCUGCAUACAAGGGUCCAGGAUGCCAAAAA